UCUCGUUUCGUUGUAUUCAGAUCUAUUUUGUCCUUGCUGAGCUCCUUUACUCAAAACUAACGCAAUCUCAGGCCUUAUUUCCUAGAGUGAUUUUUACUGCGACGUUAUUACAGUUAAAUAUUUUAUCCAUUAUUAAAAGUGGCCAGUCAGCCCGUGCUUUGACUGGUAAAUGUCGAAAUGAACGUGUGUGAAAGAUCAGUGGGAAUAGUGCGUCGCUGCUCAAAGCCUGUAAGUCGGUGCUUCCAUGAGUGACGGCGUUGUUUAAAUGCAUGACGUCUAAAUUUAGCUGUGUGCAACGUGAUAAUGUUACAGGGCUUAUAUGCCAUUUGGCCGGACACUAUCUUUACUAUUAUUAACCUUUUAAGUAUGUGUUUUGAUCGGCACCAGUCUGAGACGCUGUUUUGACAGUAGGCGGAGUCACAGGAGUCUUUGGCCCUCUUCUCGCAGGUAGCAUGCGUAAAGGAGCUACAGCAAAACAAACGUGUGAGGAGAAAUGCAAGGCUGUUUAGAUUGUAGGUGUGUUUGUGGGAUGCCUGCAUGGUCUUACUCAGCCUGUCUCUUGAAUUAUGAGCUUACGGAUUAAGUGCUAUACUGUUUUAGUAUUUCUGAAGAAGAGUCACCUGCUAAGAUAAAAGACUGUGGAGCAGAAAUUGCUCUUUAUUAACAGCACUUGUGGUCAGACUACAGUACAGUCAGGUUGACCGGUAAGAAGGUUAAAGUUGAUUUACUGUAGGAGGUAUUGGUGUUUUGAUUUUGGAGCCCACCUUCAGCUCUCGCAUCAUCGUUCAUUGCACCAGUUGACAAGUUUAAAACAACUAAUCCUGGCUGAAUUAAAGUGGUCCCCUUGGCUUUUGGCUAUUUGUUUCUGUUUAUCCCUCUUUUCGGCUUGGAGACUUGGAUGCGGAUUUGAAACAUGAUUAAGAUUAUGGGUUGAGAUUUUGGUGGUGGAUUUUAGGGAAAGCCAUCUGUUUUAUUUACCAUUGCUGUUUCUGCAUUAUCUCUCUGUUUGGCUGAAGAGAAGUUGGGAGUCGGAGUUUCCUUCUUGCUCAGGAUAUAUGAGGAAGUUCUGGUCACAUUGAUACAGUAGCAUGCGGCACAGUUACUCAUUUGCCUGUUUAUUAGGUACACCUCGCUAAAACUGUCCUGCAAUAAAUCCUCCCUUCAUGAAGGUUAUAAUGUUUAGUUUUUGAUUAAACUGUUUCUGAGAGGCAGUGUUUCAACUUUUUCAUUUUGGAAGCUGUAGUUUGUUGUGCUGUUGAAUUGUAUUACGUUUUACAGAGAAGUGUUUCUAUUAUUAUUUACUGUACACCUCUGCAAUAUUCUACAGCAGUUAUUUACACUGCAUUAGUUUUAGCUAGGUGUACCUUAUAAACUGGCAACUGAAUGUAUUAUGGUAGCAGUGUUUGCACAGCUUGUUUACAUAAUGCCGGUUCCACUAUGAGAAGCUCAGCCCUCACACCAGUUGUUUCCCGCCCAUUGCCUAAAACUCAGCCCCACCCAUUGCUGUUUUACUUGUUUCAUAAUACUGCUCUUUCUGUGUGUGGAGCUUAACCAAGAAGUCACUGUUGGAGUUAGCUGUCCUGGUGAGGAGUCUGCCCAAUACAACGGGAGAGAGGAUCGUCAUUCUCUGUGUCCUGUCUCUACCGGCCAUUCGGUUGCUGCCUGUUUUCCAUCUGGAGGAGAAGAGACGAGUCAUUCUUUACAGCUUCCCCCUUGUCCGUAGCCUCCGUCAAACAACCAGCCAGAGCCAACAUGCGGGAAGAGUCUGAACAAAGAAGAAUGACCAUGGAUUUUUCCCAACUGCACACAUAUACGCCUCCACAGUGUGCCCCAGAGAACACCGGCUAUACCUACUCUCUCAGCUCCAGCUACUCCACGGCAGCAUUAGAGUUUGAGAAGGCGCACCAGAUUGGCGCUGUGUACGAGUCGCCCAGGAUGUCACGGCGGAGCCUGCGUCUACAGACCAGUGCCGGUCACUAUGGCAACGAGAGCCUGGCUGAUUACUCCCAGAACCGCAACAGCUACACGAGCACCAGGAGAGAGUCACGGACGGUGCGGAGCAGAAAGCAGCAGUCCGGUUCCAGCAACCUGUCUUUAUCCCUGAGCCAAGCCGCCACGCCGAGGAAAACCCUCUCCUUCUCUGCUGUUAAUACACCGGUUAACAGCAGCAGCAGCUGCGUCACUCAGGAAAGCAACACAGCGUCUGAUGCCUCUUUGCUCACCUCCAUCAUGGAUCAGCCCGAUCUGAGACAGCGCACCAUCACCACAACCACAACCACCACUUCUGUGGAUGGACACUGGGGGAGGAGCUCCGGUGCCGAACACAGUUCAUCAAGUGUCAACGGCGAUACCAGUGCGUCAAAGUCCCACACCUCGCUUGCCAACGGUUACAUCUGCAAAGACUGCUCUUUUCACUCUCAGAAGAUGGACUCCAUUAUCACACGGUCGUCAUCAUCUUCAUCGUCAUCAUCUCAGGCUGCAGAAGCUUGCUCGGACGCCCUCUUCUCCUCCUCCACCACCUCGUCACCAUUCACAAGCAUAUACUCCAGGGACAGGAGUCGAAGGAACAAGACAGGUGUCCUGGUGUCUAUGACUAACACAUGUAUACGCUACAGCAAGCGAGCCCUGGCCCCCAUAGUGUCCUUAGUCAGCCUGCUCUUCAACAGUGUGCUCUGGCUUGGCUCGAGGGCCAAGAGCUCUCCAGGAAAAGGUGUCCUUGCUUCGUUUUCGGACUUGAUGAGACGAGCAGUGUCCUCCAGUAUGUCCCAACUUUGGCUGUUUAAGGAGACCACUCUCCACAGGGUGAUGGGCAGCAGGGCUAACGGCUAUGAAGGACAAGCUCACUCAAGUUUCUGUGGAAGCAUGAAUGUGAAGGGCCUGGUGACUGAAGAUGCUUCACAUCUUAAUCUCAAUGGUUCCCUGUGCGAUGACUGUAAAGGGAAGCAGCAUUCUGAGACAAACACCGUCCUCCUCACACAGUCCUCCAGGCCUCAGCGCCUGGUGGGGGCACUGUGGAGCGUCCUAGCUUACACAGGUUACUGCCUCCUCCAGCCAGGUUACUGUGCGGCGAGAGCAGGCAAAGCGUUGGUAACAGGGGCUGGGACAGUGGUGCAGAGACUGCUCUCGUUGUUGUGGAUGCUUGUAGCAGCUCCAGUCAAGGCAGGCAGGGGGGUUCUGUUGUUUCUUGCAACAGGAUGGUACCAGCUGGUGUGUCUCAUGUCUCUGCUCAACGUCUUCUUUCUGACACGAUGCCUUCCCAAACUCUGGAGGCUCCUGCUGCUCCUUCUGCCCUUUUUGCUCCUCCUCGCUUUAUGGUGGUGGGGUCCGUCCACUGCUGCCCUGCUUGCCUACCUUCCAGCAUUGAACCUAACCGAGUGGCGUCCUGCGUCUCCCUUCACCCUCCUGUCUAACUUGGUGCCAGCUUCUGCUCCAGUUCCUGCGUCUGUCCCCGUCGCUCCGCCAGAAACUCCGGUGGAGCAAACCCCAGCCACCCCAGUGUCACAGGCACCAUCGGUGCUUCCCCCUGUGGUGGUCUCUGGUGUGGACUUAGAAAGACUGGAACGAGUGGAGCGACAGCUAGCCUUGCUCUGGGAACAAGUCCAGCAGGGUGACCGAAAGCAGGAGCAGCGACACGGAGACAUUUUGGGUCUCUACAGUACCCUGAAGGAGCAUCUCCACACUCAGACCGACAGGGAGAGCCUGGGACUGUGGGUGUCCUCCCUGCUGGAGCAGAGACUGGGCGUUUUGCGGGGAGAGCUAGAGCAGGAGAACGCACACAGAGCACAGAGUGCAGAGCAGCAGAAACAGCACCAAGAGAGUCAGGCAACACGGCUGGCUGAUUUAGAAUUGCUGCUGAGCACUCUGGCUGCCAAAACUGAGGAGGUGCAACAGAAGCAACAGCAUUAUGAGCACGAGAAGCAGGAAAAAGAGAAGGAGGUUGUCACCUCAGCGGCAGACACAGUUCCUGUCAGUGUGGGUGUGAAGCAGGAGGACCAUGAUGCUCUGCUAGUGGAGGUGCAGAGACUUGAGGCGGAGCUGGGCAGAAUCAGACAGGAUCUGCAGGGUGUUGUGGGAUGCAAGGGCAAGUGUGAGCAGCUGGAAACACUGCAGGAGACAAUAUCAGCACAGGUGUCGUCCCAGGUCCGUAAGGAGUUGCAGGCUCUGUUCUUCGGCAGUGGUGGGUCAGGAGAGGCGCAGGGAGAGGUGCCCGAGUCGCUGAUCCACUGGCUGUCCCAGCGCUAUGUGAGCACACCCGACCUGCAGGCGUUGCUGGCCUCACUGGAGAUGAGCAUCCUGAGAAAUGUGUCCAUGCAGAUGGAGCUUAACCGGGCCCAAACCCUGGGUGAGGUAGAGUCCCAAGCCAAGACCAUCGUUCAGACAGUAACCGGGACUGUCCAGCACUCUGUUGCUGCUGAGGGACUGACAGAAGAGCAAGUGAAGCUGAUUGUCCAAAACGCUUUAAGGCUCUACUCCCAGGAUCGAACAGGCCAGGUGGACUACGCCCUGGAGUCUGGAGGGGGAAGCAUCCUUAGCACUCGCUGCUCUGAGACAUACGAGACCAAGACGGCCCUCAUGAGUCUGUUUGGCCUGCCACUCUGGUACUUCUCCCAGUCGCCACGUGUUGUAAUCCAGCCUGAUGUGUACCCAGGUAACUGCUGGGCAUUCAAAGGCUCUCAGGGCUACUUGGUGAUCCGGUUGUCCCUGAGGAUCCUGCCCACGUCCUUCUGCGUGGAGCACAUCCCCAAGGCCCUGUCCCCAACUGGAAACAUCACCAGCGCCCCACAGAACUUCACUGUUUUUGGUCUAGAUGAUGAGUACCAGGAAGAAGGGAAGUUGCUGGGGAACUACGUAUACCAGGAAGAUGGGGAGUCACUGCAAACCUUUCCUGUUAUGGAGCAGAAUGACAAGACCUUCCAGAUCAUUGAGGUGCGGGUGCUGUCUAACUGGGGUCAUCCAGAAUACACCUGCAUGUACCGCUUCAGAGUCCACGGACUCCCUCGGCCUCAGUGAACCAACCACUACCACAUGCUCAAAUACAACAUAUCACUUGUACAUAGCUAUCGCCAACCUAAAAACGGAGGGGACUCAGCAGUACUUAGUGGACGUUUUUGUAUGAAAGACACAAAGAACAGAGAAGUUGUGGAUUGUUAAAGCAAUGUGCCCGGGACUGAAUCAUGAACAUGUGUUUUGUAAUAUUGAAAGAGUCAGAGGAACGUUUGUAUGGGGACUUAAUGAUCGCAGAAGAGGAAUAGAACCACGGAAGAAGCUAAAACUCCCAGUCCUCUUUUUGUAAAAAGGUCUCUUGCACUGAAUCAGCCCGUGAGGGGCCGCAGGCUCCACUGAGCGGAUAAAUCCACCCAACUCUUGGCACCUUCCACUUCUGCAGGGAGGUGGACGCUUGAAAUGGGGGAUUACAGACUCAUCUCUUCCAUUUCCUCUUACACCAAUUUGUCUGAUUUGGUUUCUGUUCUUAAUCAUCUGUAUUUAUCUUUGAUUUCCUGUUAGUCUCAUAUUUUCAGGAUCAAAGCCACUGUACCUUUUGCCUGCGAUGCUGUCCAGGCAUGUCACUCCCUUUUGUUGCUGUCACAUCUCUGCAAUGACUUUAACUGGGCAGCCUGCAGGACUGGACCACACUCACACGAAAGGUUCACUACAUUCAAGGCUUGGCAUCAUUUUUCCACACAGCAUUACUAAGAUUUUCUUUUUUGGAACUGAACAUGCUGGACAGGCUUUGAAUGUUUUCUUAUGUGGAGGCUUAACGCAAGUCAUUCUUUAACUUCACAGCAACACUAUAUAGUAUGAAUAUUAGGAGGCUCUUCACUGUGUACAUUAGACAACACGUGUGUGGUUAUGGAUGGACUCCAGGAUUGAUUCUAGCAUGUGACUCUUCCCGAACCAUACCCUUAACUUUUACAUGCACCAUAGAUUUUACAUGAGUGUGUCCUCUCUGAAGGUUUGAGUCUGUGCCUGGAUCUCAAAUUACCAAUCAAUGUUGAACGCUAAAUAAUAUAACUACACCUGUAGACAAGAGUGUGAUUUUUUUCCUUUCUGUUUUUAUCAAGAGGGGGACUCUGUGUCUCCCUCUAGCUCAGUAAUAAACGUCCUCCUCACAUGGGCUCCCUCUAUUCUGAAACCCUAAAGGAAUGUAAUCUGUAUAUUUCAUUGUUGAAAGUUGGUCCUUUAUAAAAUCUGCUUUUAUCAGUGUUGCUUUAUAAAAAAAAUCAUCUUGUUAUUAUUGUAUUACUACCAUUAUUUCUACAUUGUGGUGUUUUUUUGUUUUGGUUUGAUAAUGUCAGGAUGCACUGCAACAACUUGUUAAGAGAAAUGUUUGUGGCACAGGUCUUCACAGUUUGUUUUAAAAUGGGUGUGUGUGUAGUCAUCAACUUUGAUUGCAAAUAUGGGUAAGUCUAAAAUGCUAUGUAUAGAAAAAAUGUUUUGUUCACUAUCUUAUUUAUUAACAAGUCAGUUAGUGACGGCAAUAUAUGAGUUACUGCAAUGUAUAUUUUGUCAAAAGCUGUUCAGUGCAUUUUGGAACCAUCUUGGGACUUUUUUUUAAAGAUAAAUGGCUAUUUUUGUUCAGUCAUGAGAUGACUUAACUGCUUUGGAAUAUAUUCCAAUAAAGACUUUAAUUUUGAAGAA